AUGGCUAUAUUCCUUGAGAAGGUGCAACAAAGGAAGGGGACAGCUCGAGAAAAGGUAAUUGAAGAGCAAGUCACUGAAACUGAAGAUGAAAACACAGUGUACAUCCAUCCCGUGAUAGUUCAGAAAGAUUUUGUAGCUUUUGAAGAUGGACAGCCAGUAGUUUUGGAAGACAGGCGUAUGGCCUACAUACCUAAAGAAGGUUUUGAUUCCAGCACUUCAGAGUCUGUCCAGCCAGAGGAUGGCUCCACCACCAACAGCCAUUCUCCUGCCAUCGUGCUCCCUGACAGCCCCAUCAUGGAAAUGCAGGCAGAAACUGGGCAAGAGGAGAAAGACGAUGCCUUUGAUGUCAGGACCAUUAAUGCAUUAAAGCAGUAUGCCAACAAGCAUUUGCAGGAGCAGGAAGUGCACAGCAAUGAGAAGAGGAUACGAGCUGCCCAUAAAGCACACCGCUGUGGGUACACAGGCUGUGGUCGCAUCUACACCACUGUCCAACAUCUGAAGGUACAUGAACGUUCUCAUACAGGUGACUGGCCAUAUGCAUGUCACUUCCCAAGUUGUGGGAAGACAUUUACAACAGUUAACACGUACGGGCAGAAGACCCACAUGAAAAUACAUACUAGUGAGAAACCAUUCAAGUGCCCAGAAGACUCAUGUAGCAAAGCCUUCAGAGCUUCUGGCGAUCUACAGAAACACAGGUGGCACUCAGGGGUGCAUCCCUUCAAGUGCCCGUUUGAGUACUGCGACCGCUCUUUUACCACCUCCCACAUCCUCAGGGUUCACAUCCGAACGCACACAGGCGAGCGUCCCUACAGCUGUCCAGAGCCCAUGUGUGGAAGGAGCUUCACCAGCGUCACCAAUUACAAGAACCACACAAGAAUUCACACAGGGGAGAAGCCAUAUGCCUGCCCUGUGCCGGGCUGUGGGAAGUGCUUCACAGAGUACUCCAGCCUCUACAAGCACCAGGUGGUGCACACACGCAGCAGGCCCUACUCCUGCAAGAUCUGUGGGAAGGCCUACAGCCAGAAAUCUACGCUGGGUCCACACAGGUGCAGCGGCCGCAGAGAACUGGAGGCCACAGAGGAGAGCGAAGAAGUCCAGCAGCAGCUGGAGGGUGAGCAGUCACUUCCACAUCACUUGCGGUGUGUCAUGCCCUGUGGCAGAGGGGAGACAGAUGGCAGCAAGGGAGCAGGGGUCUGCAUCUGCUGUCCUUCUUCAGACCUGAAUUGGUGUUGUGGCUGUCCACCUCACUUGCUAUUGAAGGAGGCUCCCCCCAUGAAGAGGCAGCAUGUUGCUUUCCUAUCAGAGAUGGAGAAAGACAAGGAUGAGGAGGAAUAUGAUGAUGGUAUGCCUACACAGGUCUCACUUAUCUCUCAGGAUGAGACAGAGCAGAUCAGCUUGUCACAGGAAGACCUGCAGGCCCUGGGCAGUGCAGUCAGCGUGGUGAUACAAUCAGUGCCCGAGGAAGAGUUUGUGGGUGGUGACAUGCACACCAUGACUGUGAUCAACACUGAUAGCACUGAGAUACAGCCGGUUACCAUAGUCACCUCUGGGCCAGUCAUGUCUGAAGAGUCAGCCAUUGCAUCCCUCUGUCAUCGGCAGGUGGCAUUGUUGGCAACCCCCAGUGGUGCCCACAUUGCAGUGCAGCUUGAAGAGCAGCAGAGCCUGGAGAACACCAUCAGUAUGACGGCAGCAGCAAUCCAGCAUGAACCUGUAACACUGGACACAGCCAUGGCCGAGAAUGGCUGCUGAGACCCUGCAGAGCCUCCCAGGCAGGAAGAGCAGGCAGCCGAGCCCGUUCCUCCAUGGGUGCAUCAGGAUCUGCAGGACCUGGGCCAGCAGGCACGUGGAAGAUGUGCAGUAGAGGAGUGAGGGAAGGAGUCUGAGAGCAGCUGGCUUGUGAUGUGCAGCAAACAGGCGGUGAGAGCCAGUGCUGGCAGUGUUGGGCUGCCAGGGUGACCGUGCCAGAAGGGUUCUUCUCUCCAUGAGCAGAGUCUAUGACAGCUGCUACCUUCUGCUGGAGGCUCUGCUGUUUUCCUUGGCUCAGAGCAGCAGCUUUCCUGCCCCUUGCUGUGGACAUUUGUCAUUGUUUUAUGAUUUAAAUUAUCGGAAUUCCACAUCGUAAUAUCAUGUAGUGUGCUGGGAGUUAAAGUUAAUGUUCCUGUUCCAUGGACUGCUGAUAUUUCCAGGUACCUGGUUCUCAGAAGAGAAGAACAUCGCCCAGAGAACAUCUCAGAAGAUCAUCUCCUAGAAGACUUUCACUGUUCUGUUUCCAUUUUCCAUUUAGAGGGAAAGAUAAAACUGUUUGCAGGUCGAGACACCUCCCCUUUUACUGUUUAUCUCUGCAGUGUAUGCUCCCUGGCUGUCUCGCCUUCAGCAUUGGAGUAAGGCCUUUGGUUUUGGACACACUUUCUAGUUUUAUUUGAUUUCUUACCCUCAAUUCCAAUUAUAUUGUAUUAUAUCGUAUUAUCUUGCAUUACAAUAUCAUAUUUAGUAAAUCAGUUUUUCUCCCUUG